CCGUAAGAACUCACAGCGGCGAGGAAAACCGCUGGGGCCUUCGUUCUCAUGCAACAGGCCCUGUGCUGCUAACAGUACUGGAGCAGCUGCCAGUGAACUUGAAAUCAAGGUUUCGCUUCCAGUCGUAUAAAGUGCCACCCGCUCCGCAGAAUGUCCAAGUGACGCAUAAAAUGAUCGUCCCACUGCUUACAGUCUUGUCGCUCUCCUUCAUAUUUCUCUUAUUCAGAAGGCUCAAAGAAGACUCUUCGCGGCGACGAAUACUACCCCCAGGACCUUCUGGUAUUCCUAUACUGGGAAACCUACUUCAGUUACCUGCCUUACGACCGCACCCCAAGCUCUGUGAAUGGGCCUCCCAGUAUGGAGAAAUCCUCUACGUCAAAUUGGGCGGCCAAGACGUUAUAGUUCUGAACACGGCAGAAGCCGCAGAUGAGCUGUUGUCCCGGCGCAGUCACAACUAUUCAAGUCGGGCAAUGCCACACGUUGCCCAUGACCUUCUUCGUGAUGGUCUAGGGAUCACUUUCAUGGGAUAUGGCACGUCGUGGAGAGCACUCAGGAAAGCCCUGCAGGUCGCUCUCGGUCCUGGCCCUUCAAAGAAUCUCCGCCCUAUGCAGGAAUAUGAAUCGCGGGUCAUGCUAUACGAUCUGAUGCGUCAUGGCGACAACAGCGUCGUAAGAGACUGUGGCAUCAACGCACACGGAGAAGUGACGGAUAGUCACUGGUAUGCGCCAGUGCGACGAUAUGCGACAAGCGUUACGCUGUUUGCGAUCUAUGGCAAACGAACCAAUCGGUUCCAAAACAAUCCAAAUCUUCAUCUCAUAUAUGAUGUCGUCGACAACUUUUCGCGAAUGUCCCAGCCUGGAAACUACUUGGCAGAUGUGUUUCCGUUCUUGCGACAUUUCCCCGACAUCCUAGCGCCAUGGAGGGUCAAAGCACGUAAAUUUCACCUACGAGAGAAAGGCUUAUGGGAAGGCCUUGUCGAAGAGUGCAAAACAGUUAUGCAAGAUGGAGAGGAUCGGGGUGGAUUCGUCAAUUCAUACCUGAGAGCUCGUGCCAAGGCGGGCCAAGAGAACGCUCCAGGAAGAGGGCUCACGGAAGGCGACUGGAUGCAAGACAAAUUCCUGGCCUUCGCAGCGGGUUCAGUUCUGGAGGCAGGGUCAGACACUACCGCGAUGACCAUAGCGACGUUCGUGCUUUACAUGUUGAACCACCCGCAAGUGCUACAAAAGGCGCGGGAAGAGAUAGAUGCUGUGGUCGGGACGGAACGCAUGCCCGACUGGGACGACGAAGAGCGGCUGCCGUAUUUCGUUGCUUGCAUCAAAGAGACUAUGAGGCACCGCCCUCUCGUUCCUCUAGGUAUACCGCACGCUACGAUGGAGGAUGACUUCUACAAAGGCUACCACAUUCCGAAGGGGUGCAUGGUGAUCGGAAACAUAUGGGCGAUGCACCGAGAUUCCGAACGGUUCUAUAACCCAACCGCAUUCAUCCCGGAGAGGUUCUACGAAGAGGGCAAGCCGACGCGCUGGGGCACUGGGCCUAUCUCGCAAGAACGCGACCACUACAGCUUUGGCUGGGGCAGACGGUUCUGCCAGGGAAGCCACAUCGCAGAGGCGUCGCUGUUCAUCACCCUCUCUCGCUUGCUAUGGGGACUCGACUUUUCUGCGCCGCUCGACCCGAAGACGCAGCGGCCAAUCCUGCCUGACAUUGCGAACGAGGAGGCGACCUGGAGCGAAGGGUUCGUGAGCAUUCCGAACCCAUACAAAGUCAGGUUUGCUCCGCGAUCGGCGAAGCAUGCUGAGUUGAUUUGCGACGAAUUCGAGGCCGUGCAGGCUGAAUGGCGGAGGAUGAGGUUGGAUGUCGAUGAACGGUGAAGCGGCGUAGUGCCCAUGCAU